GGGGCUUUCGGGGCCCUGCAGAAGAUCUGCGAGGAUUCCUCGGAGCUGCUGGACAGCGACGCCCUCAACAGGCCCCUCAACGUCAUGAUCCCCAAAUUCCUGCAGUUCUUCAAGCACUGCAGCCCCAAAAUCAGCCUGGACGUCCUGGCCAACGUGUUCCGCGAGGAGCUGCUGCCCCACCUGCUGCCCCUGCUCAAGGAGCUGCUCUUCCACCUCGAGUGGGUGGUCAAGGAGUCGGGGAUCCUGGUCCUGGGGGCCAUCGCUGAAGGCUGCAUGCAGGGCAUGGUGCCCUACCUGCCCGAGCUGGUGCCGCACCUGAUCCGGUGCCUGGCGGACAGGAAGGCCCUGGUGAGGUCCAUCGCCUGCUGGACCCUGAGCCGUUACGCUCACUGGGUGGUCGCGCAGCCCCCCGAGCUCUACCUGAAGCCCCUCAUGACCGAGCUGCUCCAGCGCAUCCUCGACAGCAACAAACCCCGGGGGGUGGUGGCACAGCAGCCCCAGGCCGAAGAGGAGUACAUCCAGAAGUUGAUGCCGCCGCUCAUCCAGAAGUGGAACGAGCUCAAGGAUGAGGACAAGGACCUUUUCCCGCUGCUGGAGUGCCUGUCCUCGGUGGCCACGGCCCUGCAGAGCGGGUUCCUGCCCUACUGCGAGCCCGUGUACCAGCGCUGCGUCACCCUGGUCCAGAAAACCCUGGCCCAGGCCAUGAUGUACAACCAGCACCCCGAGCAAUACGAAGCCCCCGACAAGGAUUUCAUGAUCGUGGCCCUGGACCUGCUGAGCGGCCUCGCCGAGGGGCUCGGUGGCCACGUGGAGCAGCUGGUGGCCCGUUCCAACAUCAUGACGCUGCUUUUCCAGUGCAUGCAGGACACGAUGCCCGAGGUGCGGCAAAGCUCCUUCGCCCUCCUGGGCGACCUCACCAAGGCCUGUUUCGUGCACGUCAAGCCCUGUAUCGCUGAAUUCAUGCCCAUCCUGGGCACCAACCUGAACCCCGAGUUCAUCUCCGUCUGCAACAACGCGACCUGGGCCAUCGGGGAGAUCUGCAUGCAGAUGGGAGCAGAAAUGCAACCCUACGUGCAGAUGGUCCUCACCAACCUCGUGGAGAUCAUCAACCGCCCCAACACCCCCAAAACCCUGCUGGAGAACACGGCCAUCACCAUUGGGCGCCUCGGCUUCGUGUGCCCUCAGGAGGUGGCCCCGAUGCUGCAGCAGUUUAUUCGGCCCUGGUGCACGUCGCUCCGGAACAUCCGCGACAACGAGGAGAAGGACUCGGCCUUCCGGGGCAUCUGUGUCAUGAUCGGGGUGAACCCCGGGGGGGUUGUGCAGAUCUCGGCCAAGCUGCAGCCCCUGACUCCAGAGCAGCGGGAACGGGGGGCCCUGGCGGGGCCGCGGCCGCCCUCGGGCUGCACCAUCUUCCUGGGCUUCACCUCCAACCUCGUGAGCUCCGGGGUCAGGGAGAGCAUCCGAUACCUCGUCCAGCACGGAAUGGUGGACGUGCUGGUGACCACGGCGGGGGGGGUGGAGGAGGACCUGAUCAAGUGCCUGGCACCCACCUACAUCGGGGACUUCCACCUGCGGGGCCGGGACCUGCGGGAGAGCGGCAUCAACAGGAUCGGGAACCUGCUGGUGCCCAACGACAACUACUGCAAGUUUGAGGACUGGCUGAUGCCCAUCCUGGACCGGAUGGUGGAGGAGCAGGACACGCAGGGCGUGCGGUGGACGCCGUCCCGGGUGAUCGCGCGGCUGGGCAAGGAGAUCAACCACCCCGAGUCGGUCUGUUACUGGGCCCAGAAGAACAACAUCCCCGUGCUGAGCCCGGCGCUCACCGACGGCUCCCUCGGGGACAUGAUCUUCUUCCACUCCUACAAGCGCCCGGGGCUGGUGCUGGACAUUGUGGAGGACCUGCGGCUCAUCAACACCCAGGCCAUCUUCGCCCACAAGACGGGGAUGAUCAUCCUGGGCGGGGGCCUGGUCAAGCACCACAUCGCCAACCCUGUUAUUUACUGCCACACCUGA